GAAAAGAAUUUAUCUUGUCUCACUUCUUGGACCUGUAAAAUGGCAGGUCACUGUAUGAUGAAAAAUGAAAAAGAAUUAAACUUUGGAUCCUUUAUAAAUCAACCUUUCUCUUUCCUUUUCCUUUUCCACUGAAGGGUUUUGAACAAGACCACAACAGUCCUUUAGAUUCUUUUACCUCUCUGAUUCCCGCAGCUUUAGUAUUGUCAAUCAGUCAUUACCGGCUACUGUAGAACAAUGUGCAUAUUUCAAGCUCAAAUUCUCCACUUUUUGCCCUGAAUAUGGCCACCCUUCUGGAAUAUUUGCGUAGAGGCAUUCUUUUCUUGCUCUAAUGAGUGUCAUUUCCAAAAAAAAGGUAGAAACUAGGUAUUGAAGCAUUCCUAGUUUUGCCUUGAGCAUGAAAUCAAAGUUGAAGAAUGGCUUGUGUUCUGUGGUGCCUCUUCAUUUACAAGGUGAAUCUGCAACACGUUUUUGCAUGUUCCCUAAAGUGAAGUCAGCUUGCUGUAGUCCAGGCAACACACCUGUUUACCUUAAUGUAUACGACUUGACACCCGUUAAUGGCUAUUUCUACUGGGCAGGCAUAGGUGUCUUCCAUACAGGGGUGGAAGUUCAUGGUGUUGAAUAUGCUUUCGGAGCACAUGACUAUCCAACAAGUGGUGUAUUUGAGCUUGAACCUCGUCAGUGCCCUGGCUUUAAAUUUAGAAAGUCGGUGUUCAUGGGAACAACAUAUUUGGAUCCUAUCCAGCUUAGAGAAUUCAUUGAGCGCCAAUCAGUAAACUACAAUGGUGACUCAUAUCAUUUAAUUGCCAAGAACUGUAAUCAUUUCUCGGAUGAUAUCUGUUACAGGUUGACUGGGAAGCGGAUGCCUAAAUGGGUGAACCGGCUAGCAAGAGUAGGUUCAUUAUGCAACUGCAUUCUUCCAGAAGCCCUCAAAACUUCCACGGUACGACAUGAUACAAAUGUGCAAAACUAUGACAGUGAGAAGAGGAAACUUAGAAGCUCUUUCAACUGUUUGUCAUCAAUCUCAAUGCGUCAAGGUGAGAGAGAAGUAUCAAUGUCAUCGCUGUUCUUGCACUCUCACUAUAAAGGCUGCCUUCCACCUUGGGAAUCCAAAAAAUCUAGAAGCAGGUCUUUGAAGGAAGGAUAAGUUGCUGGCCCUCCCAUUUGACGAUGAAUCGUGCUUGUUGGCUGAGAUUUCAUUUGGUUUGCCGUUGGUGAUUUUUGCCAUUCUCUGAGUUCAGAUUCUGGUGUUACAAGUUCUGCUAUCCAGUUCACAUUUUCAUCCUGCAGGAAGAUCACAUCGCUACAUCUGUGUCUUGAGUCCCAGAAAUGUAAUUGUUUGUUAUUUCUCAGCCACUUUCUUAUUUGAUACUGAAAAAAGAGACGUUCUUGUUUCUUCUGGUGUAGAAAUUUAGGAGCAAUUUGCAAAGCUUUUUCUUAUUCUUGUAUUUUGAAGCUUAUUAUCACUGCAACAUGAAUUAUACUGGGAAGAAACACCUGAGAGACUAGCUUAUUUAAGUUUGAAAAAGAUGAAGUGGUUACUCUUUCA